AUGUCGCAUUAUGCCAAGUUUUUAAAGGACAUCCUUAUAAACAAGAGAAGCUGGGAUGAGAAUACGGUUCCAUUUACUGAAAAUUGCAGUUCAAUCAGCUUGAGCAAAUUACCAACGAAGCUCGAUGAUCCAGGGAGUUUUACUAUUCCUUGUACUAUUGGUGAUUUGCAAACUACUAAUUGUCUUUGUGAUUUGGGUGCUAAUAUAAAUUUAAUGCCUCUAUCUUUUUUUAGGCAACUACUUGGUGACCAACAGGUUAAGACCACCCCAAUGAUGCUACAGUUGGCUGACCAUUCGGUCAAGAAGCCAUACGGGAUCGUGGAAAAUCUUUUAGUUAAGGUCGACAAAUUCAUAUUCCUAGUGGAUUUUUUCGUCCUUGACUAUGAAAUUGACAAAGAAUGCCCAUUGAUCCUUGGACGCCCAUUCAUGAACACAAGCAGAGCACUCAUUGAUAUGAAUGCAGGCAAGCUGACUCUGCGAAUAGGAGAAGAAAGUGUGGAAUUUAAAAUGAAGAAGAGUGAGCAAGGCUUGAGCAAUGAAGAAAAAUGCAUGAGGGUCGACUGUGUUGAGGAAAGCGGGCAUAACAACAAGAGGGAAGUUAUGUACUUGUCCAUUCCUGAGAUAUUCCAAUAA